CCUUCAUUUCUCCUUCCGUCUCUCUUCUCUCUCUCAAUCGAAAAUCUAAUCGUCUUCUCGUCUACGGUUUCUUCGCUGGAAAGAGAAAUCGGGUCCCCCGAUUCAACCCGAUUGCACUCCGAAUCCGAAGCCCCUCGAAUUCCAUCAACCUUUUGUUCCCAAUCUCGAGGCUCUCCCUUCGUUGAUUCUCUGCUUCAAUGGCCGCUCUAUCCGUGUUUCUUUGAUUAUCAGAGGGUGCGCGAUUGUAAUCUUAGCUAAAGUUGUCUGGACCUGGGACUUCUUACUUCCAUGGUGUGCAAUCUGGACGGAGGAUUAGGGAUAGGGUUUUCCGUUGCGAGCGUGUUCCUUGGGUGCUAAUUUUUUCUGAGUAGGGUUUCUUUUUCGUCUUGAUUUGGUUUGAUAAGGAGAAGACUAGGGGUUGGCUUGAGAGGAUAAUGUGUAUAUUGUGUGUUAUUCAGAAGUGGUCUCGCCGUGUCGCGACGAUGCUGCCUUGGUUGGUCAUUCCGCUGAUUGGACUUUGGGCUCUGUCUCAGCUUCUUCCACCGGCUUUCCGUUUCGAAAUUACUUCACCGAGGCUAGCUUGUGUUUUUGUGCUUUUAGUUACUUUGUUCUGGUACGAGGUUUUGAUGCCUCAGUUGUCUGCUUGGCGGGAGAGGCGAAAUGCCCGUCUUAGAGAGAGGAGGAGGUUGGAAGCUAUUGAGCUGGAGAAGCUAAAGAAAACUGCUACCAGGCGUUGUCGUAAUUGCUCAACGCCUUACCGGGACCAAAAUCCAGGAGGUGGCCGGUUUAUGUGCUCGUAUUGUGGGCAUAUUUCCAAGAGACCUGUCUUAGACAUGCCUUUGCCUCCUGGAUUAGGCCUUUCUGGUUCUGGGAUCUUGAAGGAUCUUGUUGGGAGAGGUGGCAAGAUGUUGAAUGGAAAGGGAUGGACUGAGAAUGUGUGGACACAUGGACAAGAAUGGCCAGAAAUCGGGACUUGGGCUAGCGGGGCAAACUCAGCACGGUCCAGCUAUUGGCAGGACAACAGGGGCGGUGCAUUUGGAGAUGAUGAAAAUUGUUUGGUGGAGAAAUCUUAUUCUGGUGGCGUCCUUUUUGCUUGCCGGUUGCUAACUUCCUUUUUCUUGAGCAUUAGAUGGCUAUGGAGAAAGGUUUUUAGGUUUAGUUCUUCGGGUGAUGAAUCAUCAUCUGAUGCAGACCAGAGACGGUUGUUGGCUAAGCGGGGUGAGCAUGGGACCAACUAUAAUGAGAGUAGGGGAGAGAAAGCUCGUAGAAAAGCUGAGGAGAAGAGACAAGCUAGGUUGGAGAAGGAGCUUUUGGAGGAAGAAGAGAGGAAGCAGAGAGAGGAGGUUGCUAGGCUUGUCGAAGAACGCAGAAAACUAAGAGAUGAGAAAAUUGUGGCUGAGAGAUGCAGCAAAUCAUCACUGACUGCCAAAGACAAAGAGAGCAAGAAGGAAGCAGAUAAAAAACGGCAGGAGAGAAGGAGAGAGAAAGAUAAGGCCUCUAGUAAGAGCAAUUCCGAUGCUGAAGAGCUGGACAAGAGAACAGGAAAGGAAACUGAAUGGAAGCGGGAGCUUGAUAAGAACGAUCGUCUGGAACAUCAGAGGCAUGUGUCUGAGAAUUUCCGGGGCCACCACUUGGAAAAGAGACAUGGGCAUGGAAUAGAGAGUAACACCACAAGCAACCAUAGCAGGACAAGUACUGGCGGUAGGUACUUUGAUCGGAUGAAGGGUACAAUCUUGUCUUCCUCUAGGGCCUUUACUGAUAGCCGGUUUUUUGGGAAAGGUGUGAAUACUUCUACAAUUGCAAAAGAGAACAAGGUCAUCAGUUCUGCAGAUCAUUCUCAUACCUCUAUCCAUACAAGGGAUAUUAAUCCAUCUCACUUGGUGGGUGUGAAAUCUGUCACAAAUGGGGUAGAAAGAAAUGCGAGCCAUCCUGUUGUUUCUGAACCUCAAGCAAGUGGAGGGCCCAGAAAAUCAUGGCACCAGUUAUUUUCUCGUUCAUCCUCUGUUCCUGUUUCCUCCAAUGUGAGUGUUAUCAGUAGACCUAGUACGAAGCCUCAGGCAGCUGUUCAAAGCUCGCACGUUCCUGGUCAAGUUUCUCCAAUACGAACCUUUGACAAUCCGAUCAGUUUUGGGCUGCCAUCACCUUUUACCAUGCCAACGUAUUCUAGUGGAUCUACUACCAGUAGUUUAGGUUUCCCACCAGCAACAGAGAUUGGUCUUCCUCAAUCCGGGGAAGAGACUCGUGAAGAGCCAGAGCUUUUUGAAGAUCCAUGUUAUGUUCCCGAUCCAAUAUCUCUGCUGGGGCCUGUUUCAGAAUCACUUGAUUUAACAUCUGAGUUUGAAACAGGCGUAGGACUGGAAAAGCAGCAUGCAUUGAAGAAAACAACAUGUUCUGAAGUCAACAAGCCAUCUCCCAUUGAGUCACCCCUGUCAAGAUCACGAAUUGCUGAUGAAAAGCAAUCUGAUGAUGGGAUAUGGCAAAUGUGGAAGAGUUCCCUUGGCCAAGACAGCCUUGGUUUUGUUGGUGGACCAGCGGGCUGGCUUAUAACUCCAGAGAGUAGUAGUAGAUCUAACAAGGAAGACAUCAUGCAUUGUGUACCUCAGAGUAGGACAACAUCGUUGUUUGCGAAAGAGGAUCCCAGUGCUUAUCCACACAUGGACCGUCUGGGAAAUGAUCAGAGAAGUGGGGCUUUCAGCCCUGUUGCUGGUCUGAGCAAACAUGAUCCCUGGUCACAGAAAGCGUUUUUUCCAGCAUUGUCUGGGACUGUUAGUCCGCAAGAAGGCGUCCAUAAAGAUGGGACGGCAUAUGGAAGUCCGACGGGGUCAAUGCCUGAUCACCCGUUGGAGCAUCCUUCUGCGAAUCACUGGCUCAAGGCAGCUGUUGCCCAGAGGAUGCACGGCAUGUCUGAGUGAGAAAAUCUCGUGGUGGUGGCGAAGCAUUCUGAGAAUGGUGGGAAGCAGUUUGUGGAGGAGGAGGAGGGGGAACAUGUACAGCCGUCGUUUUCGUAGUUGAAAGAAGGAAUCAGAGACAUUUGGUGUUUUUAUUCAUUGAAGCAGAUAUACAUCCUCUUGUCUUCAAGGAGGAUUUCGUCUUUUCCUUUUUGAAUUGUGGAAUGUGGGGUACUGAAAAGACAAAAGAUUUAGCUCCGAUAGACUCGCACUUACCACGUAAUUAAUUAUCAGGCUGCUCUUGUUUACUUUUA